AUGCACCCACCUUCGCCAUCACUUCCCCCUACUGUCGCCAUCACUUCCCCCUCACGUCGCCUCCACUUCCCCCUACUGUCGCCAUCACUUCCCCCUCCCGUCGCCUCCACUUCCCCCUCACGUCGCCUCCACUUCCCCCUCCCGUCGCCUCCACUUCCCCCUAACGUCGCCUCCACUUCCCCCUCACGUCGCCUCCACUUCCCCCUCACGUCGCCUCCACUUCCCCCUCCCGUCGCCCCCACUUCCCCCUCACGUCGCCUCCACUUCCCCCUCACGUCGCCUCCACUUCCCCCUCACGUCGCCUCCACUUCCCCCUCCCGUCGCUUCCACAUCCCCCUACAGUCGCCUCCACUUCCCCCACCCGUCGCCUCCACUUCCCCCUCCCGGCGCCUCCACUUCCCCCUCCCGUCACCUCAACCUCCCGCUCAUGUCACCUCAACUUCCCCCUCCCGUCGCCUCCACUUCCCCCCCCCCCGUCACCACAAGUUCCCCCUUUCCCCCUGUGUGCUCACCCCCUUCUCCACCCUGCUCACUCUCUUUCCCCCACUGCUCACCCCUUUCUACACCCUGCUCACCCCUUUCUACACCCUGCGCACUCUCUUUCCCCCAUUCCUCACCCCCUUCACCACCCUGGUCAUUCUCUUUCCCCCUUUCCUCACCCCCUUCACCACCCUGGUCAUUCUCUUUCCCCCUUUCCUCACCCCCUUCAACACACGGCUCACUCUCUUCCACACUUGCUCACCCCCUUCUACACCCUGCGAUCUCUAUUUCCCCUACAAACACCCUCCCUGUCCCCCAGUCCUACCCUCCCUUUCCCCCCCUCCACCUCGUCCUUCCCCGCACUACCCUUUCCUUUCCACCACACCUGCCCGUCCAAUCCCCCACUACCCCCGAUCCAAUCCCCCACUUCCCCCGAUCCAAUCCCCCACUUCCCCCGAUCCAAUCCCCCACUUCCCCCGAUCCAAUCCCCCACUUCCCCCGAUCCAAUCCCCCACUUCCCCCCAUCCAAUCCCCCACUUCCCCUGA